GGGUGGCAGAUGGCGUUGGUGGCUGGAGAGACUAUGGGGUUGACCCCUCUCAGUUCUCAGGGACUCUCAUGCGAACAUGUGAACGUUUAGUGAAGGAGGGACGGUUUGUACCGAGCAAUCCUGUCGGGAUCCUCACCGCAGGUUAUUGUGAGCUGCUGCAGAACAAAGUACCUCUGCUUGGGAGCAGCACAGCCUGUAUAGUGGUUCUGGACAGAACAAGUCAUCGUUUACACACGGCCAACUUGGGAGACUCUGGAUUUUUGGUAGUCAGAGGAGGAGAAGUAGUACAUCGAUCUGACGAGCAGCAGCAUUACUUCAACACUCCCUUCCAACUGUCAAUAGCUCCACCAGAAGCAGAAGGAGUUGUCUUAAGUGACAGCCCUGAUGCUGCUGAUAGCACUUCUUUUGAUGUCCAACUUGGAGACAUUAUUUUGACUGCGACAGACGGACUGUUUGACAACAUGCCUGACUACAUGAUCCUGCAGGAGCUGAAAAAGCUGAAGAACUCCAACUACGAGAGCAUACAGCAGACUGCGAGGAGCAUCGCCGAGCAAGCUCACGAGCUGGCCUAUGACCCCACUUACAUGUCACCAUUCGCACAGUUUGCGUGUGACAACGGGCUGAAUGUGAGAGGGGGCAAACCAGAUGACAUCACCGUCCUCCUUUCGAUCGUAGCCGAGUACACAGACUGACGGGCCGGAGCGCCGGCCCCCG